GGUGAUAUUUUUUUGUUUUUAAAACAAAAGGAGAGUCCAAGAUGAGGAAUUGAAGAAAGGAAAAAGGAGACAAGGGAUGUAAAAAGGGCAGUAAAGUACAGUAAUAUAAUUAGUCAUGUCUAAAAAGCACCCGGAAUCACGUCUGUGGUAAUCCCCACUUUUAGACUCACAGGGAGGCGGGGUUUAUAUUACGUUAAAAAAUGUAUACAAUGGCUCCGCCUAUAUUUGCUAAUCUUAAUUUUGAGUGAUAUUCCGGAGAGGAGCAUGUGUAUGUGUGGGGUCUGUGCUCAAAAGUAGCAAGAAAGUGGUAGUGUUUGUGUUUGUGAAUGAGCAGGAUGGCUGUUGUUUCAGUCAAUUUCAGGGAGUUUCAGGUGAGUGACAAGGAUGGCAAACUGCAGGAUGGAAAGCCUGGCUUGGAAGGCGAGAGACUGGACAGUGGUAUCGAUUCCAUGAAAGAGGCGGAUGGGACCCUGGGCAGUGUCACUGAUCAGCUUGCUAACCUGAAUGUGAGCAGCGGCAGUGCGGACAGAGCACUCCAGAACUGGACAAAGUUCAGGACUGAAGACGACGACACGUUCCUUCAUCUGGCAAUUCUGCACCAGCGCUCGGACAUUGCUAGUUUCCUGUUGUGGUCUGAGCCAUCCAUUAUUGACAUCUGCAACAGGUCCCGACAGAGCCCUUUGCAUCUGUCAGUGAUCAUGAGGAUGCCGGGAGUGACCAGGGAGCUGGUACAAGCUGGGGCCGACCUGAAGAGUUUGGACAGCUUCGGGAAUACCCCGUUGCACCUGGCCUGCGAGCAGGGAGACCUAGACUGCAUUAAUGUGCUCCUUGAUCCGAUGGGCACCGGCAAGUUCACACAGCAGCGCCAGGCACAAGAUCUGGAAUGGCGUAAUUACUGCGGUCACACAUGUCUUCACAUCGCAGCAAUGAAAGGAAAUUGUGAAGCAGUGGCACGAUUGCUAGUUUCAGGAGCCAACAUUAAUGCUCAGGAAUCGAACAGUGGGAGGACGCCCCUGCACCUGGCGGUUGAGUUUCAGCAUCGGGAGGUGGUGCAGCUCCUCAUUGAGCAUGGCGUGGAUGUCAACCGGUUAACGUACAACAGCUGCACAGCCUUCCACCUCACAGCAGGCCGUCCCGACCUCUGGAUCCGGGAGCAGCUUUCUCAGCUCACCAACUCCUCACUGAUCUCGCUCUGCGAAUCCUCCGAUUCCGAGUCUGAGGCGGAGUGGGACGCCCGGUCGGACUGCGAGAUGCCUCUGGACUACGAUGAUCUUCAAAUCAGAGGCCUUUCCUUCCAUUGAUCACUGAACACAAUCAAAGCUGUCCAUCAACUUGUGUUCCAACUGAGACAAUGAUUGUGUCAUUGAAGGGGAACUUACAAACAGACUAUGCUUACAGCAUCGACUUCUCCUCACCCCGUGUCCCACACACCCAUCCCCAUCCUUCCGCAGAUCCUCAGGAGAUUCGGCCACCCGGAGGAUGAGUCACCAUGAGUCAGGAUGCUGACUGUAUCAAACAGAGCACCGUGUAGCUCACUGUAACUUCAAAAACCAGCACUUUUCGAGGGACCGUUGAAAGCACUGGUGGAGAAUGAGGAAAUGAGGAAAUGUGAAGGACCAGUCCGUGCAGUAAUGGUACAGGAUUAUACAUGAACGUAGGAACCCAGAGGGCAGAAAUGAGCCAGAAACUUGGAAUAUUUCCUCUUGCCCUUGUUUCUCACAGUCAGGACAAGAGGCAAGAAGAGCAUGUUAACUUCUUUUAGAUUAUUGCCGAUAUGUCACGGGGAAUGGGAUAUCCUCUCUUCAUUCCCAUUCAGCCUCACUAUGGCUGAAGCCAUGAAUCAUUGGCCACUGGUGACUCCUGCCUAACUCAUUACAGAGGGUUUAAGAAAUAACCCCAUGGGUGGGGGCUGGAGCAUUUGUUUUUGAGAGUCACUGAACUUGAAGUUCAGUCUAUGCACAUUAACUGAUGAGAAGAGAGAUUGUGACCAGGGAACAGGGAGGUGGUUUAAUCCCAGCCAGACUCACCCAAGGUUGAGUGAGAGAUUGCACUGGGCCAUGGUACGAAUGCAAGGCCAACACUGUUAGGUGGUACAACAGCCCAGAAGGUAUCUUUUAGCACUGAUGACUUUGGGUUCAAAUCUCAUCUCGAGAUGAAGCCCCUUGCUGUUGACUGGAGAGAGAUAUAGUACAGGAACUGAAGGUGAGAUACCUCAACCUAGUUUCUACUGAGCCUUGGCCCAUGAUGCUAAACUUCCUCCUCACUUGAGGGUGGAUCUGUCAAUGGGAGACGCUACUCAGACCAGGGGUCAACCCCACAGCAAGUGGGACCAAGGCCUGAACCACAUGACACAGCUUCAAUUCAUUAACUUCUUCCUGAGAGUUUCACAGGUUUAUCUUCAUGGUGGGGUUGGGAGGGGGGUUGGUGGCAGGUGCAGUGAUAUAUCUCAAUGUUGUGACAACAUGGAUUGUAUUUAUUCUUCCUGAUGUCAUGUCAAACCCACCAAUAUACUCAUUGAACUUGAUGUGGCCUUCAUUUCACAUGGGCCUUUUCACAAUAAAUCAUUGUGUUGGUGACAUGCCAGGUUCUUUGUACAUAUUCUCCUCUCCGGAUCACUGUCAACUCUGAAUACUGGCAUCUACAUCGCAUUUGGCAAAUUGCUUCAACGACUGAUCACGGGCAGAAUGGACAGAAAUCCUUUAAUUCUUAUCUUGAGUAUUGAGUACCGGGAUGAACUAAUAACUCAUUGUGGACUCGUACUUGACUAUACCAAAUAGACAUGGAAUAUUUCAGAUUGUGUAAAUAUUUAUGGAGAAAAGGAUGAUGUUUUGAUGUAUCUUAUUUGUAUUUAUGAUGCCAAUUUUGGGCAUUGUCACUGACAGGGGGCAGAAAUCAACAGUGCCGCCCUUAGCAAAGGCCCCUGACUUUCUGAACUGUGCACAACAGCCUAGCUCCCAACCUGUAGGCCCCAUGGAGUCCCGUGCUCCAUUAAUAGACUUUGAUAUACCCUCCCUGUCCCCAGCCAGGCAUAAAUUCAUCUUCAGGUUGUAGAAUGGAAUGGGCAAUGGCAAAUUGGACAAGCACUAUACCCAAAGAUGAAUUUGUAUCUCAUUGUAUUGAGCUACAGUAUAUGCCAACUGACUGACUAUAGCCCUAAUGUGUUGGGACUAACAGAAGGAAUGUUGUUAGUACAUCUUGCCAGCCCUACAACUCACAAUCUUGACCUGGGGUUUUCUGCUCUCCACUGUAUAAAUAUGUGUCUCUUGGGAGUGGCAAGAUACUAGAGAAACCCAGGGACAAUAAAGCAGGAGUAUAAAACUAGGCUAGGAAUUUCGACUUGCACCCGUGAUGCAACGGAACCAGGCUUAGGAGGUCAUAAAGACCCAGUGCUAUCAAGACACUUUCCAUCUGUAUGAUGGGAUCACUCUCACUCCCGAGCAGGACGUGGGCCAGAGUCCUCUUUGAAAGCACAAAGUGUUAGAGCUAAGAGGCCACCUCCCUCCCAAACUAGAGGAGAUAAUGUCGUACAAGUCUCCAUUUCAACUGUUGAGAGUGCUGAAGGGGCAAGACAGUGUAGGAGAUAGAUUGAUGCCAAUAACAUGGGGGGAAAUAUUCUAACUCCAUAUUCAUAAUUUCCUAAAUUCAAGAAAGCAGUGUAUUGGUGUGCCAUGCCCAUGUAAUUAGCUGAAAUACUUUAUUCUAUUGCUGCUUUUUGGGACGUUUUAAGUUGUGCUGAAAGUAACACGUCACACAUUUGUACAUAAUGUCUUAUAAAUUUUAUUUUUUUACAGUAAAUAAUAUUAAAAAAUGAUCAAUAAA